UUCGCUUUCAGCUGUGGAAUGAGGAAGAGGAAAGGGUUUUGGCGUGUCGUUACCCUAAGAACAGAUGGAGGAAAGAAACUCUGUGCCGUGGAGACUCUAAUGUACAACAUAAUUGAAAGUCGAGGGGGCUGGCGGUAGUAUGAUGACAUUUGACAGGUUGUGACACUGGAAGCGGCAGAUGUUCAUGUUGGAUGUCUCUGAAUAUGGAAGCGGGCAGUCUGAAAGCAUGCUUGCCCAGGAGCUUGUACUGAAACAACGGACAGAGAUACUGCAUGCACUGUGUAGUAGCGGGUCAGCUGAACAUCUGGAAAGGGUUCUGGAUAUACUGCUGGCUCAGGGGGAGCUCUUAUGGGAGGACUACCAGAACAUACAUGUACCGGGUAGACCACUAUAUACCAAUGCCAGACAGUUGCUAAACCUGGUUUAUGCAAAGGGUGUGGAUACUUGCGAACUCUUCCUUACAGCUCUCAAACAGGUCCUGCCAGAAGUGCAGGGAGCUGGACUUGCCUUUUCAGGAUGCUGUUUAAAUCUUGAAAAAAAAGAGGAAUUUCAGUACACAUCAACGCAGACUCUUCUGGCUAAUAGACCAAGUCUUGUCAGCAAGCUCCAAGGCUGCAUUGACAGUGCUCUAGAGACUCUGGUUGUAUCAGGACACUUCACAUCAGGAGACUGCGAUGAAGUGCGACUUCCUAUACACACCCCCUCUCAGCAGGCAAGGUGUCUGCUUGACCAUGUCAACUCAAAAGGCGAGUCGGCGGCAAAGGUGGUACUGCAUUACAUUCAGCAAAAGCAGGAAUCUGGAUCCCAGCUGAACCAGGAGAAAUUGAAUUCUCCCAAAGAAUUCUUAAAGUAUCAAAAGAAGCUGAGCAGUUCUGUGUCUGCCCAGUGCUGCUUUCUCAGUACUUAUGGAGGAACCAACCACAUGUCCUUGGAUGACAUCUACACUGAAGGCCAGCUGGAACUUGCUGACGAGAGUGCUGAUCUCCAUGGACCUUUGGGCCUGGAGGACAUAGUUGGUACAGCAGGAACAGUGAAUGAGGAGGCUGACACAGUGCUGGUAUCUGGGGAGGCGGGCAGUGGGAAGAGCACCCUACUCCAGAGGCUGCACCUGCUUUGGGCUCGUGGGGCAGCCCUCCAGGGCUUUCUGUUUCUGUUCCCAUUCAGCUGUCGCAGGCUGAACUCAGAGCACAAGGAGCUGUCUGUCCAAGAGUUGCUGUUUCAGCACUGCUGCUGGCCAGACAGGGACCAGGAAGAGAUUUUCCAGUUCAUCCUGGACCACCCACAUCUCACCCUCUUCACUUUUGAUGGCCUGGAUGAGCUCAAGCAGAGCUUUUCAGAUGAGCACAGGCUCUGCUGCCCCACCCAGCGUGCACCUGUUCCCAUUCUAAUGUUCAACUUAAUCCAAGGCUCCCUAAUGAAGGGGGUGUGGAAAGUGGUAACUAGUCGUCCAGAGGCAGUGGGGCCUUUGCUGAGGAAACACCUUCGCAAAGAGGUCCUUUUGAAAGGUUUUUCCCCCAGUGGGAUUGACUGUUUUGUGAGGAAGCAUCACAGUGACCCCAUUGUGGCUGCUAAGGUUUUGGAGUCCUUACAGACAAACACAGCUUUACAUGGACUGUGUCACAGUCCAGUCCUCUGCUGGAUUGUCUCACAGUGCCAUAAGGAGCUGCUGGGCUGUGGAGAGGGCAGUUUACGAACAAUCACAGAUGUUUACGUGAUGAUCUUACAGCACUUUUUACAGCACCAAAGCCCCCUGAGGAGCACCAUGGGGUUAGGUUGGCUUCAGAAGCACCUACAAACAGUCUUGCGUCUAGGACAGCUUGCUUUUGAGGGGAUAGGAACCACCUGUUAUAUCUUCUCAUUUACAGACCUGGAAUCACGUGGUAUAACCGAAAAGGAUAUCUGCAUGGGUUUUCUCAUCCGAAGCAAUGAUAUGUCUUCCACCCAGAGUAAACACUAUGAAUUCCUUCAUGUGACUAUGCAGUGUUUUUUUGCUGCUUUGUAUAUUGUUAUGUCAAGUAACACUGACCGUUCCACCAUCCUUAAACUGUUUGAGGCGCAGGACACGAGAGAGACAGGUCUGAGGAGCAAAUGCUUUAGGGCCUGUUUGCCCUCCAUUGACAAACAAGACCAGAUUCUAGGGGGGGAAACUACAGCAGCUGAAACACCAAAUCUGCAAAUCACAGCCACCUUUGUGUCUGGACUACUGUCCCAGCGCCAUCGAAACAUGUGGCUCCACUGCUGCCCCAGUGCUAUGAUGGAAAAGAAGGUCAAACAAGUUUCGAGAUGCCUCUCCAAAGGCAUGCAGAAACACUUCAAGUCUAUCCCUCAACCUGUAGCAGGAGAGAAGAAGAGCAUGCAUGCAAUGCCAGGCUUUGUCUGGCUUAUCAAAUGCAUCUAUGAGAUGCAGGAGAGCAGGAUUGCUAAAGAUGCUAUCGGUAAGCUAGAAGUGGACCACCUGAAACUGACCUAUUGUAACAUUGGUCCUGUAGAGUGCACUGCACUGGCCUAUGUGCUCCAGCAUUUAAGGAAUCCUGUAGGCCUCCAGCUGGACAACAACUCCGUAGGUGAUGUUGGAGUUGAGCAGCUUCUUCCCUGCAUGCCCAUUUGUAAUUCCCUUUACCUCAGAAAUAACAACAUUACAGAUGAGGGCAUCCGCAAACUGAUUGCUAAAGGUAUCCAGUGUGACAACUUCCGGAAAAUUGCGCUCUUCAACAACAAGUUAACUGAUGCUUGUACACAGCACUUUUCCAAUCUAUUGAAGACCAAGCAGGACUUCCUAUCGCUAAGGUUGGGCAACAAUAACAUAACAGCAGAAGGUGCAAAGCAGUUGGCAGAGGGACUGAAAUUCAAUCAUUCACUGCAGUUUUUAGGGCUUUGGGGAAAUAAGAUAGGUGAUGCGGGAGCAGAAGCCCUGGCCAGUGCACUAGAGAACAGCAAAUCUCUGUUGUGGCUCAGCCUCGUAGGUAAUGGUGUAGGGAGUGCAGGAGCAUGCGCCCUAGCCAAAAUGAUCGAGAACAGCAAGUCACUGGAAGAGCUUUGGUUGACAGACAACUGCAUAACCAGAACAGGAGUGGAAUGUCUGAUUCGAGCCGUAGAACGCAAUACCCAUGUGAAAUCAAUAUGGUUGAGAAACAAUGAACUCAGUUUGGAGGAAGUAGAGGAGAUGACACAACGUGAAUCAAGACUGAUCUUCUGAUUUUGUAUUACGUUGACUGAGGACUGUUUAAUGCUUCAAGAACUGUUUCUAUUUAUUGCAGAAAAAAUUGUAUAUUAAAAUUUGAAAUGUAAAAUAUGUUUGUUAAAGUGUAUCUCCAUUUCUGAGAUCUAAAUGCCACUUUUCAGGGUUAUCUGAAUACACAAAGAUUUUCACCUUUGUCUUGGUUUCUUUUGUAGGUGUAGGAGGUGAUGAGAACACAUACCACAUACUGUCACCGCUACCGCUACUACUACUACUACUAUUACUACUACUACUACUGUUAACUACUGCUAAUAGUACUAGUAAUAAUAAUAAUCCUAACAACA